CCUGUCCCCCCUCCCACCCACUCCUGCCCCAUGUCGGGCUUGGUCGGAUUCGGGGAAUUGGGAGUCUGGAGUGUGAUCUCCAGAGCGGGGCGGGCCCUCCACCCGAAGUGAUGCAGGGGCGGGCAGCCCGGGAACCGGACACCGACGAUGAAUAAAUGAUGCUCACUCGCAGCCUGCCUGCGACCAGAUCGCCAGCGCAGAUCGCCAGCGCCGAGCGCCGGCUGCCCAAGGGGCAGUCACCCAGCCAAGGCAGUCCGGCCGGCGUCCCUCGGCUCCCCCGACCUGCGACCUGCGGCGGAGCAGCGCGGCGCGCGCGAAGAUGGCGGGGCCGCGGCGAGGCGCGGGGCUCCUCUGGGCGCUGGGCGGCGCCGCCCUGGGGGUUUGCCUCGCAGGGGUCGCCGGGCAGCUGGUGGAGCCCAGCACAGCCCCACCCAAGCCCAAGCCUCCCCCGCUGACCAAGGAGACGGUGGUGUUCUGGGACAUGCGUCUGUGGCACGUGGUGGGCAUCUUCUCGCUUUUCGUGUUGUCCAUCAUUAUCACCCUUUGCUGUGUCUUCAACUGUCGCGUGCCACGGACCCGGAAGGAGAUUGAAGCCCGGUAUCUGCAGCGAAAGGCAGCCAAGAUGUACACAGACAAACUGGAGACUGUGCCGCCCCUCAGUGAGCUCACAGAAAUCCCUGGAGAGGAUAAGAAGAAGAAGAAGAAGAAGGACAGUGUGGAUACCGUGGCCAUCAAGGUAGAGGAGGAUGAGAAGAAUGAGGCCAAGAAGAAGAAAGGAGAGAAAUGAGGAGAGCUUCCUGAAGGUGGCGGCUGGGGCUGGCCAGCCCUGGGGCUCAUGGUCCUGCCAGAGUCCAGACAUCUUAGACUCCAAGCUCACACAUGGACCCCAGAGGUUACAGAGAGCCCUGUCCCUGUAGAGAGGGAGUUGCAGGGGCCCAGGAGCCUGUCCUAGAGCCUAUAGGAGCAAGGACAAAACUGUACCAGGUGUGCCACCUCCUGGCCUGGAUGCCAACUCCCUGCACCCCGUCCACAUGGCCGCCCAGCAGAGGUGGUCUGUAGACCCUGUCCCUCUGUAGAUCCAAAGUGGCCUCAACCCACCCAGACAUGCCUCUGUCUCCUCUUCUGCCAGGAACAGCUGUGGCUAAGGGGUGAUGGGAUAUGGGUUUUCUUCUGGAAGGGGAUGGCCAGCCUGGAUGGGCCAAUGUGAGGCCACACUAAGCUGUCCACAAGGAGGGAGAGGGUCACUGGAGGAAGCAGGGGCAGCAGGAGGCUCUCAGACUUGGCUGGAUAGCAGCCCUGCUGGUGAGGGGCUGUCCCAAGCCUGGCAUGGGUUCUGGCCCAGACUAAUGAGCAGAGAAGGACCAGAGGCAGAACCCCCAGCCCAGCAGAUACCAAGCUCCAGGCAGUGGACGCACUUGUCUUACUUACUGUGAUGUAGCUGAGGCUGCUUGAGGACCUAGCAUGAGGCCCAAGGGCUCAGGACUGGGGGCUCCAGGGGUACAAAAGGCUGAGGCCAGUGGACCAGAGAGAGAAGAGAAGACAGCUGGCACCUGGGACCCAACUUGGGAAUCCAGGGAAUAUUUGAGAAGCCAACAGGGACUUGAGGCUGUUCUGGGGCCCUUUCUAGGCUUAGCUGUGGUGGCAGGGCCCCAGGAGACCACCACAGGGGCCAGUUAGGGUGGAGGUAGCAGCCAACCUUCCUCUUCUGCUCUCAACGAUUCUUGAAGCACUAGUGACCAGAAGUGAAGGCUCAAACUUGACCUGCGGACUGGAUCCCUGGGGAGGGGACAUGCAGAGAGGGGUAUCUAGAUGGCAGCCAACAUCACCUGAAGAACUCAGACCUGGGCCUGGAGACUUAGGAGAUACUGGAGGUUUCCGAGCCGGGGGGAGCUGCUGGCAAAGCUCACGCUGCCUCUGCAGCCUGCAGAGAUUUGUAAAUAAGCUGAAUGCCUU